AUGGCCUCAUUUUUUGAAAAACUUAGUAACGCAUACACCAAUAACGUCUCUCCCGGUAAGCCCAAAUUCUUGCCAGAACACUAUCCUGAUUUGACCGGCAAAACCGUAGUUGUUACGGGAGCAAAUGCUGGUGUAGGAUUCCAGUCCACCAAACUUCUCUUGGCCGCUGGGGCUCAAGUGGUGGUGGUUAUUCGUAAUCUCGAUAAGAUGAAGGCUGCUGAAGAACAACUAAAGGUGGAUCUGAAGGCUCCUAAAUUGGAGGUUUUUCAAGCUGAUUUUAGUGAUUUGACAUCAAUUGGACCCUGUGCACAGAAAAUUGUUCAAAAGUACCCGAAAAUCCAUAUUGUGCUCCAUAAUGCUGGGGUAAUGGUUCCGCCCAAAGGCUCGGUGACGAAACAAAAUUACGAAUUGCAAUUGGGUACCAAUACUUUAGCACCGUAUUUGCUUCAGAAGUACCUUGAUGGUGCUGUUUUGGCAGCAAGCACAAACGACUUUAUUUCCAGAGUUAUUUGGGUUUCUUCCAAUGCGUAUUUGCAAGGUCCUUCACCUCGUGGCUUGCUUCCUUAUGACGAUAUCAACGAUAAAAAAGGCAGAUACGGUGGCUUUGCUAUUUAUGGUCAGUCCAAAGCGGGAAUGAAUUACAAUGCUUUGAUUUAUGCUGAAAAGCAUAAGGGUAUAAUUAUCACGGCCGCACUCAAUCCAGGUGGAUUAAAAUCCGAUUUGCAAAGACAUCUUUCCUCGAUCCAAAGAUCUCUCCUUGGGUUACUUUUGGCAGACCCAGUGUACGGAGCUUACACUGAGCUUUAUGCUGCUUUGAGUCCUGAUAUUACUGUCGAGAAAAGUGGCUGUUUUGUGAGACCAUGGGGUCAGAUUGAAGAAUAUAGUAACUUUAUCAAAGAGGGAGUGAAGGACGGAACUGCCAAGAGAUUCAAUGAAUGGACAGAGGAGCAAGUGGCACCUUAUUACUAG